GCCCCUACUGCCCCGAGGCCCCAGGAGGCCUCGCGGUUUCCCCGCUGGGCUAGGAGGCGCCCACUGACCCUCAUCAGCCAGGCCCGGGCGGGAGGGGCGUGGCCAGCGCGGGACUGGAGGGGCUGAUGGGAGACAGACACUAGCAGAGACGGGCGCCGGCCGCAGAACGGAGCCCCAGCCCCGGGCUAUUUUUAGUCCCCGCCGAACCCCCUCCAGGCCGGGAGGGGACCUCGCCGCCCCUCCCGCGGCCCGGGACCCCGCCCCGCCCCACCCUCUAUCUGUGUCCCGCCGCGACGUGGCAGUGCCGGGGUCCUCGGCGUGGUUCUCCCGCUGUGACUCAGUUUCCUCAGGGGCCCCGGAAGCCGCCCUGCUUCCGCUUCCGCACGCCCACCUCCAGCCCGGCACCCGCAGGUCCGCCGGGACACGACUGCGCGGCUGGCUACCCCUGUACGCCCCAUCGACCAUCGCCUGCUGAGGACAAUUGGCCAUCAGGUGUGCCUGAGCCAGUGCCAGUCCACCCCACCUGCAGCCUUGGCCUGAUGGGGUGGUGACCCUCCCCACUCCGCUCUGGCGCCAUGUGGCCCAAUGGCAGUUCUCUGGGGCCCUGUUUGCGGCCAACAAACAUCACGCUGGAGGAACGGCGCCUGAUCGCCUCCCCCUGGUUCGCGGCCUCCUUCUGCCUGGUGGGCCUGGCCUCCAACCUGCUGGCGUUGAGUGUGCUGGUGAGUGCGCGGCAGGGCAGCUCCCAUGCGCGAUCCUCCUUCCUGACCUUCCUCUGCGGCCUGGUCAUCACUGACUUCAUGGGGCUGCUGGUCACUGGCACCAUCGUGGUGUCCCAGCACGCCGCCCUCUUUGACUGGCAGGCCGUGGACCCCGGUUGCAGCCUCUGCCACUUCAUGGGCGUCAUCAUGGUCUUUUUUGGCCUGUGCCCGCUGCUGCUGGGGGCCGCCAUGGCCUCGGAGCGCUACCUGGGCAUCACCCGGCCCUUCUCAAGGCCCGCAGCCUCCUCGCAGCGCCGGGCCUGGACCACGGUGGGGCUGGUGUGGGCCGCCGCGCUGGCGCUGGGCCUGCUGCCCCUGCUGGGUGUGGGUCGCUACACCGUGCAGUACCCGGGCUCCUGGUGCUUCCUCACACUCGGUGCCGAGCCAGGGGAUGUGGCCUUCGGUUUGCUCUUCACCCUCCUUGGCAGCCUCUCGGUGGGGCUGUCCUUCCUGCUCAACACGAUCAGCGUGGCCACCCUGUGCCACGUCUACCACGGGCAGGAGGCCGCCCAGCAGCGCCCACGGGACUGCGAGGUCGAGAUGAUGGCUCAGCUCACGGGCAUCAUGGUGGUGGCCAGCAUCUGCUGGAUGCCGCUGCUGGUCUUCAUCGCCCAGACGGUGCUGCGGAGCCCGCCUGCCAUGAGCCCGACUGGGCAGCUGUCCCGAGCCACCGAGAAGCAGCUGCUUAUCUACCUGCGCGUGGCCACCUGGAACCAGAUCCUCGACCCCUGGGUGUACAUCCUGUUUCGCCGGGCGGUGAUCCGGCGCCUCCACCCUCGCCUCAGUACCCGGCCCAGGUCUCUCUCCCUGCAACCCCAGCUCACCCGCAGGUCCACGAUGCAGUAGGGCCAGGGCUGGACGUCGGGGGCAGCUCUGGAAGGACAGAGCACCCUGCCAGCAUGUCCCCCAUCUAAACUUUGUCCUCCCUGUCAGUCGCAUCUGCCUGUUCGGAAGUCCAGGAGCCAGGAGUGCAGGAUGGACAGUUUGAGUGGCAGGAUUGUGUGCUGUCUUCCAUCAUCCCUGGGGACCCUCCAACUCUUCCCUGACUCCCCUUUCCAAAGCCCCUCCCCUCUCUCCGCCCCUCCCCACUCAGAGGCACCUCCCAAUCCCAGGAAGGGUGUGGGCAAUGCUGGGAUGGUGUCUGGAGGAAAGCAGACUUGUAAGCCUCCCCUUGCAGAAAUCCUCCAGAAAUGGGGGACUCUGACCCCUGAAUAUGACCUGCUUACUGGGGUACAGUUGAUUGCCUUUGACAGCCCAAUUUGAGAAGGCUCUGUCUAGAAAAGGUUGAAUGAGAACGGGCAAGAGACUCCCUCUCUUGCCAAAAUAUAAUCUCUUUUGGCUCUGAAAUCGUCAAUUAUUGAAGUUUCUUGUAUCAAUAUUCCUAUCCAACCGUGUGGCAGCCGAGCAGGACUGGGGGGCUGUGGAAGCCCCAAGAGGUUGGGCUGGCUUCCAGCUCCUCUCCCCACUUCCUUUAUUGAGUCUUCCCUAAGCACUUUACAGCUUGGAUCUCCUGGAAGCCUCCCUACAGCCCCUAAGGGAGGGUUCUGGGAUUAAGCCCAUUUUGCAGGUGAGGAAAAGAGAGGGCAAGACACACAGGGACCAUGGCGUACACGCCUGCUUCCUCCACGGCAGAUGGGAUGCACUCCCUCAUAAGCUUGUGGUUUAGCCAUCUAUUCACUCAGCCCUUCAGACUCCCCAUGCCUUGAACAAGCAGCUCCUGGCCCAUAGUAGGUGCUCAGUAAAGGCAGACAGAAUGGCCGAACGAGUGAGUUUGUCUAGAGCACCGUGUGUCUGCAGGUCCAUGAGGACCUGCACGCUUAGCACUUAACAAUGUGCCUGGCACAUCGUAGCCACGUAAGAAGCAUCUAGUGCUGUCAUGUCAGCUCCCCAGACCCUCACGCCUGCCCCUUCCUCUGCUCUCCCCCAAACACCCCCCAAAAACGACACACAGAGCUGCAGGGGUGGGAGGUGCCUUUAUUCCCCAUGAGCCCUCGAGGUACGUGAGGGGGAAACCGCCUCCUGUCCCAACUUCCCCCCCCCCCGCCGCCUCACCCCGCCUCCCCUCCACAGACCUGGGAUCUGCUUACAGCUCCCAGAGCCAGGCCCGGGUGAAACCAAAGCCCCUGUGUCCACCCUCCCUCACCACCCCCCACCCCGCCUGUGGGGGAAUGAGGUCACCUGCUGCUUCUGAGGGACCCAGGCUGGGAGGGGCAGGAGAGGGGAUGGGGGCCACAAGUACGUCACCCCCAAGCUAUAGCCCCCCAUGGUAGGGGAGGGGCUCUGACGCCGGCGGAGCUGGCCCUGGCUCCCUGAGCUCGGGGGAGGGGGCAGGCCCCUGAGCUGAGGGUUCAGGGGGCUGGGAAUGCAGGAGGGCCGCCCUGGUGGCAGAACUAGGGAUGACAGAUUUGGUGGGUGGGGUGGACUUCUGGGGUCUCAGCUGGGGCUUGGGGGGAAGGGCUGGUUUCUGCGGGACGGAGGGGGACCACGGCCGUGGGAACAGGGCAGAAGUGGAUGGGCUUCGGCCUGGGCCAGUAUCGGCCUGGGCUCCUUGAACCCGAUCAUGGGACUGAGGGUGAGAGACCCUCCUAGGACCUGUAGGUGGGGCUCUGAGUGAUGGGCCUGGGUGUUGAGGUCGGGCUGGGGCAGUGGCAUCAGCCUGGGUUCUGGGGUCAAGGCCAGGGGUUGGUGGGCGGAGCCCAUUUCUAGAGCUGAGCUGUAUUCUUGAGCUGGUCUGGCUUCUGGAGCCGGAUUGCGUUUCAGAAACAGAUUCGGUUCUGGAAGUAAGGUGGAUUCCAGAGCUGGGCUGGGUUCUUGAACUGGUCUGGGUUUCAGGGCUGUGGUGAGUCUCAGCUCUGAACUGAAUUCUAGAGCUGAACUGGGUUCUGGAGCUGAGCUGGGCUCCAGAGCUGGGCUGAAUUCUUGCACUGGGCUGGGUCCCAGAGCUGGGCUGGGUCUCAGAGUUGAGCUGGGUUCCAGAACUGGUCUGUGUUCUGGAGCUGGUUUCGGUUCCA